AUGUCUCGCCAGUCCACCGUGCGGAUCCAGCGGGGCCGGAGCGGCUUCAGCGCCGCCUCGGCCGCGGUGCCCGGCACGUGCCGGACCAGCUUCAGCUCCUGCUCCGUCACCCGCCUGGGGGGCUGCGGCGCCGGCAGCGGCUUCGCCAGGGUCGGGGGGGGCUUCGGCAGCAAGAGCCUCUACAACGUCGGCGGCUGCAAGAAGAUCUCCGUGGCUGGAAGGGGUGGGAGCUUCUACGGAGCCGGGAGCGCCUACGGGGGCGGCUUCGGCGUCCCCGCCAACCUCGGCUACGGGUACCCCGCCUUCCCGGCGGGGGGCAUCCACGAAGUCUCCGUCAACCAGAGCCUCCUGAAGCCCCUCAACCUGGAGAUCGACCCCAACAUCCAAAGGAUCCGGAAGGAGGAGAAGGAGCAGAUCAAAACCCUCAACAACAAAUUCGCCUCCUUCAUCGACAAGGUGCGGUUCCUGGAGCAGCAGAACAAGGUGCUGGAGACCAAAUGGAGCCUCCUGCAGGAGCAGGGCAUGAAAACCGUGAGGAACAACCUGGAGCCGCUUUUCGAGACCUACAUCAACAACCUGAGGGUGCAGCUCAACAGCCUCCUGAGCGACAAGGGGCGGCUGGAGGGGGAGCUGCUCAACACCCAGUACCUGGUGGAGGACUUCAAGAAGAAGUACGAGGAUGAGAUCAACAGGAGGACCAUCGCCGAGAACGAGUUUGUGACGCUCAAGAAGGAUGUGGAUGGUUCCUACAUGAACAAGGUGGAACUACAAGCCAAGGCAGACGCUCUGACUGAAGAGAUUAAUUUCCUGAGAACCCUCUACGAGGCCGAGCUGUCCCAGAUGCAGACCCAGAUCUCGGACACCUCGGUGGUGCUGACCAUGGACAACAACCGGAACCUGGACCUGGACAGCAUCAUCUCCGAGGUGAAGGCGCAGUACGAGGACAUCGCCAACCGCAGCCGCGCCGAGGCCGAGUCCUGGUACCAGACCAAGGUGAAGGGCCCGGGGGGUUCCGUGCUCGAAUCUCCACAUCUUGUCUGGAACAGACACAGACAAACCCCGGCUCUUCCCAGAAAACCUCCUCGGAGGUCCCGUUCUCAGGGGCGGGUUUGUCUCCCCCAGUGUGCCAACCUGAAAGCCGCCAUCGCCGACGCCGAGGAGCGCGGGGAGCUCACCCUCAAGGACGCCAAGGCCAAGCUGGCCGAGCUGGAGGACGCCCUGCAACAGGCCAAGGCCGACCUGGCCCGGCAGCUCCGCGAGUACCAGGAGCUCAUGAACGUCAAGCUGGCCCUGGACAUCGAGAUCGCGACCUACAGGAAGCUGCUGGAGGGCGAGGAGUGCAGGCUGGCUGGAGACGGCGUCCCGGUGAACAUCUCCGUCACCAGGACGACCGUGGGCUCGGGCUACGGGGCCGGGAGCAACCUGAGCGUGGCCGGGGGGAUGUGUGGCCUGGGCAGCGGCUUCGGCUGCGCCCCCGGCCCCGGGGGGAGCAGCGCCCUGGCCGCGGGCAGCAGCUCCAGCGUGAAGUUCGUGUCCACCUCCUCCACCCGGAGAAGCUACAGGAGCUAA